AUCCUGUCAUCGUUAUGGCGUCCAUCACGUUGCGCGCGCCCACUUUUUCACCUGCGAAGCCACCGGCUGGCUUCCAGACUCCAGCCAUCGCGUGGCUCACGGAAACAUGGCACGUUACGCAUUCGACCUUGCCUAUGUGGAAGAGCAAGAAGAAUGUACGCAUACAGUAUACCCCCCUCGAGCCUUCGAGACCCGAUAUUGCCAAAGAGAACACGGACAGACUCGAUGAUCUAGUGACCUCGCAACCUCUGCAUGGCGACAAAGUCUCUUCGAUCCGUGGCGUCGACAAAGCGUCCGGCAGCGGCGAGAGCAGGGGCGAAUGGGACUGGAGAGGUAAGGGCUGGCUCAUGAUUGCGAGCAGUCACUGGGAGGUGCUGGGCUGGGGGGAAGAAGAGCACAACAAUGGCAACAAGUGGGCGGUCACCGCCUUUGCGAAGACGCUGUUCACGCCUGCGGGCAUCGACGUGUACUCGCAGAGCCGCGCCGGGGUGUUACUAGAGACACUCGAAGGCAUCAAGUCUGCGCUGGCGCAAGUGGACGACCAGGACGUACAGAAGAUGGCUAAGGACAUUUUCGAGGUUAUGAUUGAUGAUACGAGGAAAGACUAGAUGCGGGAUGAAGACUGCUGCCCAGAGAGCUCAAGGUUGUGCGGGUGCGAUAUGUCGUCUCAUUAAUGUUUGGUGUAAUACGGUAUUCAGGGCGCAAAGAACAGAGGCAACUAUUCAU